AUGACGAGUGCUUUUCAAAAGUUAAAAAUCAGUAUCUGGGGUAAAACUCCUGAAGAUCCUAAGGAAGCCAAGUUAUUAUUCAAAUUAGAUUGGUUUAUUUUAAGUUAUUGUUGCUUGGUAUAUUGGAUCAAUUAUUUAGAUAGAACCAAUUUAUCCAAUGCUUAUGUUUCAGGUAUGAAACAGGAUUUAAAUAUGGUUGGUGAUGAGUUUAAUAUUAUGAAUACUUGUUUUACAGUUGGUUAUGUGGUUGCUUUAGUUCCUCAUAAUUUGAUUUUGUUAAAGAUUAGACCAAGAUAUUGGUUAACCUUUUGUGCUUUUGGUUGGGCAGUUUUAACACUUUCAAUUUAUAAAGUUACGAGUGUUAGACAAAUUUAUGUUAUAAGGUUUUUUACAGCUGUAUUUGAAGCUGUCACUUUCACCGGAGUUCAUUUAAUUCUUGGAUCUUUCUAUGAAGAAGAUCUUUUGCCAUUUAGAAGUGCAAUUUUCACCAGUUCAGGAUUAGUGGGUUCGAUUUUCUCAGGAUUUUUACAGUCGGCAAUUUAUUCUAAUAUGGACGAUUAUAGAGGUAUUGCAGGUUGGAGAUGGUUAUUUAUUAUUGAUUUUAUAAUCACGAUGCCUAUUGUAAUUUAUGGAUUUAUAUUUUUCCCUGAUCCACCUCAAAUUAGAAAAGCUUUUUAUUUCACUGAUGAAGAACAUGAAAUGUUACUUGCUAAAAUUCAUAAGCCAAAAUAUGAUAAAUUCGAUUGGUCGGUAUUUAAACGUUUAUUUGCUAAUUGGCAUUUUUAUUUCUUUUCAUUUUUAUUCGCUAUUGGUGGUGAAAACGAAUCAUUCCCCAUUAACUCUUUGUUUGCCAUUUGGUUACAAUAUUAUGAUUAUCCGGUCUCUGAUAGAAAUCAUUAUCCAAUGGGUGUAUUUGGUACUGGGAUUUUCUUUACCUUAGCUUCGGCUGUUUAUAUUAAUGUAACGGGUGGUAAAUAUCAUUGGCAUAUUGGGGUUUAUAUUAUGGCUAUUAUGUUAUUAUCAUCAAUUCUUUUAUUAAGUGCACCAAGUAAUAAUGCAGCAGUAUUUAUUGCCCAUUAUUUAAGUGGAGCAGCUUAUGCUGGACAAACAGCUUAUUUCGCAUGGGCAAACGUGGUUUGUGCUGAUGAUUUACAAGUUAGAUCGAUUGUAUUAGCAUCAAUGAAUAUGUUUAGUAAUGCCGUUAAUGCAUGGUGGCUGAUUGUUUUUUAUAAUGUUGAUACUGCUCCUAAAUUUGUGAAAGGGUGUAUUGCUAUGAUAUGUACAGCUACCACUACAGGUAUAACUUAUCGAAUUUCAAUUUCAAUUACUAUUCCUUCUACUUCUUCUUCGAGAAUAGCUUCCAAAUUUCAGACACGAACUUACACAUUCGAUGCUAUUACUGAUUGGCUUUGA